CACAAAACAAAACAAAAAUAAAAACAAAAAAACAAAAAAAUGCAGUUUUGAAAAAUAUUUUACUAGCAUAAUCUGGUUGUUGAAUUGCUUGCUGCUUGAAAAAUAUUUUAAUUAACAAAAAAAAAAAUGGAAACAGUAGUUGUCAAGGAUGAAAUUGAUGAUUCACUUUACAGCCGUCAAAGAUAUGUACUUGGCGACAAUGCUAUGCAAAAACUUGCAAAAUCAAAUGUUCUUAUCAUAGGUUUAGGAGGACUUGGUGUUGAAGUUGCGAAAAAUGUUAUUUUGGCUGGUGUGAAUUCGUUGACAUUAUUAGACGAAAAGAUUUGUCAGGAGAUUGAUCUUGGAACACAAUUUUUUUUAACUCAGCAAGAUGUUAAUAAUAAACUAUCCAGAGCAUCAGCGUGUAGAUCACGUCUUGCAGAAUUAAAUCCACAUGUUUCAGUACAAAUUAUAAAAGAUGAUAUUCUGAGUAAUCUUCCAUCUUUAAAGUCUUAUCAUUGCGUGGUAAUUACUGAGAUGCCAUUUUCUGACCAAGUUGUUUUAAAUAAUUUUUGUCGUGAGCAAACACCACCCAUUUAUUUUAUAUCUGGUGAUGUUCGUGGGUUGUUUAGUUAUGCCUUUUGUGAUUUUGGCAAUAAAUUUGAAGUUACUGAUAUUGAUGGAGAGGAGUACAGAGAAGUUUUUAUCGGAUCUAUUACUAAGUCUAACCCUGCAGUAGUUGGUACAUUAGAAAGUAGAUUACAUGGGUUACAAACUGGCGAUAAAGUGUUACUCAAAGGCAUAAAUGGCAUGUUACAACUAAAUUUCAAAACAUUUAUUGUUCAAUAUUUAACACCAUAUACUUUCAGCAUUGAUUGUGAUACUUCAACUGAUGACUAUCAGAUUUAUGAACAUGGUGGUGUGUUUUGCAAAAUAAAAACUCCUACCAUUAUGAAUUUUCAAAGCUUGGAAAUGCAGCUUACAAACCCUAGUAUAUUAUUAUGUGAUUUAUCAAAGUUAGAAUAUCCAUUACAAACUCUGCUUGCGUUUCAAAGUCUGUAUAAAUACAUUUCUCAGAAGCAAACAUUAAACAACCUGCAUACAGCUUUUAAUGAGUUGUAUGACAUUUCAAUAAGCAUAAACAGCAAGGUAACUAAUUCUGAAAUUUUAACAAUUUUAUCGAGAACUGGAAGUGGUGUAUUUGCACCAUUAUGUGCUGUCAUUGGAGGAAUUAUUUCACAAGAAGUUCUUAAGUGUCUUACUAGUAAAUUUACACCACUUUAUCAGUUUUAUAUUUUGGAUGCUAUGGAGCUUUCUAGUUCAAAUAAUAGGAGUGAAGUUGCAAAUAAUCGAUAUUUUUCGCUGAAUGUAUGUUUAAGCCCAGAUCUAGUUAAAAAAAUGUCAGAGCUAUCUUUAUUUAUGGUGGGAUGUGGAGCCAUUGGUUGUGAGUUGUUAAAGAACUUUGCGUUAGUUGGUUUAGCCACAAAAGGUGACAGCAUUUUGACUAUCACUGAUAAUGACUUAAUUGAAAAGUCUAAUCUUAAUAGGCAGUUUCUCUUUCGUCCUUGGCAUAUACAACAAUCAAAAUCAUUAGUCGCUUCAAAAGAAGUUUGUGUGAUUAAUCCAGAUAUAAAGAUUGAAGCACAUCAAAAUAAAAUUUCAGUUGACACUGAAAAUAUCUACAAUGAUCAUUUUUUUCAAAAAAUGGGUAUUAUCAUAAAUGCUUUGGAUAACAUUGAAACAAGACGAUAUAUAGAUGGGAGAUGUGUUUCUAACACAAGACCAUUAAUUGAGACAGGUACCAUGGGAACUAAAGGUCAUGUUCAGGUUAUUGUGCCUCACUUAACUGAGACUUAUUCUAGUCAGCGUGAUCCAGUUGAUGAAGAUAUACCAUAUUGUACCUUAAAGUCUUUUCCUCAACAGAUAGAACACACAAUUCAAUGGGCAAGAGACAAAUUUGAUAGCUUGUUUACUUAUGAACCAGAAGUUUACAAUAAAUUUUGGGAUAAAAACGAAGACAUGAAUGAAAUAAUUAAGUUUAUUAAAAAGAAUUUUGAAGAAAAUCAUCAGAUACCUGAUGGUUUUGUUGUUUCUGCAUCGUUGUUGAAAAAAAAACCUGCAAACUUUGAAUGCUGUGUUAAAGAAGCCUACCUCAAGUUUUAUAGCUACUUCCAUAAUAAGGCACUUCAGCUGCUAAAUUCUUUUCCACUUGACACAAAGAUGGCAGAUGGAACUUGGUUUUGGCAGUCUCCAAAAAAGCCACCAUCUCCAAUUCAUUUUGAUCCACAGAACCCAUUGCAUAUUCAGUUUGUCACUAGCUAUGCCAUGUUACUUGCGAAAACGUAUGGAAUCUGGAGUGAGGAUUGUAAAAGUGUUAAGAUCCCAGAUGUCAUCAAAUUAUUUCAGUUGCCAGAGUUUAAUCCAUCACAAAAGAAAGUUAUAAUUGAAGAGAACCAAGACAAAGAGAAUAAAAAUGUAAAUUUGGACAAAGUUGGUGGUCUCAUUCAGUAUUUAAGUUCUUUGAAAGAGUUAGAUGCUAUUUCUUUGUCUGUUGAACAUUUUGAGAAAGACAACGAUAGUAAUGGACAUCUUGAUUUUAUCUAUGCCACAGCUAAUUUACGAGCUAUCAUGUAUGGUAUUGAAAAUGUUGAUCGUUAUAAAAUCAAAAGAAUUGCUGGAAGGAUUAUUCCUGCAAUUGCAACAACAACAUCUGUUGUAGCAGGCCUAGCAACUCUUGAACUAUUAAAAGUUGUUGCUGGUUGUUCUAGAGAAAGUUUAAAGAAUUGUUUUCUGAAUUUGGCCAUACCUUUAAUGGUUUUAUCUGAACCAGCACCAGCUCCUAAAAUAAAAAUAAUAAACGAUGUUCAGUUUACAUGUUGGGACAGAUGGGACAUUCAUGGACAUAAAGAUUAUCGGCUAAAAGAUUUUGUUGAUUAUUUAAAAAAAAAAUGCGGAUUAACAGUCAACAUGGUAUGUCAAGGUUUAAAGAUGAUAUAUAUUCCAUUUAUGCCUGGUCAUCCAAAACGCCUUAAUAACUUGAUGACUGAUCUGCUGAAACCUAGUAAAGACACAGCAUAUAUUGAUUUGAUUGUUGCAUUUCAGGAUCCAGAAUUAAAUUCUGAAAGUGAUCUACCCUCUCCCCCAGUUCGAUAUUAUUUUUUGUAAAUCCUAGUUUUAUUAAAAUGCGUACUUUGAUUUUCUCUAAUUUUUAUAUUUUAAAUUAAUUUUGCAAAGUGAAUUUUUGAACUUUUUAAGCUGAUGAAUCUUAAUGCUUUCAAUGCUGCUCAAUUCGUAUCCGUUCAAUGAACUGAUACGCUUUUGUGUUUUAAAUAAAUGUUUUGAUGUUUGUUUUUUUAUUCGUCUUUUUUUAAUUUAAAGCAUCUUUUUCUUUUUAUUUAAUCAUAACAAAAUGACGUCAUUCUUUAACGAUAUCAUAGCGAUUUCAAACGAUAAUACUGAUUGUAUACGUUGUUGAUAUAUUAGUUAUAUUUCUGACAUCAUAGUUAA